UGACAUAAAUGCUUUAAAUAUUGAAUAAAAUCCCUAAUCCAGGGAUGAGAGCCAGUUUAGAGGUUCACCAGAGAGUAAAGGCCAAUUUCCCAGCCUUUCCCUGUGGGAAAUCGAACUGACUUCUUCAUGGGAAUUUCUUAAAGGCAUAGAGGAUGUUGCUGAUCGUGUAUCCUCCGUGGUCAGGGAAACAGGUUUCAAUACAGGUAACCAAUUAUCUCAAAUAUGUGUGUACUGUGCCAACAACAGUGUCUUUGUCUGUCGGAAAACACGUUUGUUCUCAGUUUUUGCCUGGCUUUGCAGGUCAAAAAAGCAGGUUUGGGGCAGACAACCACGUGAUUGAAAUGUGAUGAUGGAAAUCCUUGUGAAACUGGUUUGAGGUCCCUUCUGUGACAGUGUGUAGGAAAGACCUGAAGAUCAUCUUGCACCUCAGCUUGACAUAAACUACAGACAGCAAAAUGACAGUCAGGUGAUUCAUGGCAGGGGACGUGGAAGGGUUUAGCUCCUCCAUCCACGACACCAGUGUCUCUGCAGGAUUCAGAGCACUGUAUGAGGAGGGAUUGCUUCUUGAUGUCACACUUGUCAUUGAAGACCACCAAUUUCAGGCCCAUAAAGCACUGCUUGCCACCCAGAGUGAUUACUUCAGGAUUAUGUUCACAGCAGACAUGCGAGAACGAGAUCAGGACAAAAUCCAUUUGAAAGGCCUGACAGCUACAGGCUUCAGUCAUGUCCUCCAAUUCAUGUACUAUGGAACUAUUGAACUGAGUAUGAACACUGUUCAUGAAAUCCUUCAGGCUGCCAUGUAUGUCCAGCUUAUAGAAGUGGUAAAGUUUUGCUGCUCUUUUCUCUUAGCUAAAAUCUGCUUAGAAAACUGUGCAGAAAUUAUGAGACUUCUGGAUGAUUUUGGUGUAAACAUCGAAGGAGUCAGGGAAAAAUUGGAUUCCUUUCUGCUAGAGAAUUUUGUGCCACUCAUGUCCAGACCUGACUUUCUUUCAUAUCUGAGCUUUGAGAAGCUCAUGUCUUACUUGGAUAAUGAUCAUCUGAGCAGGUUUCCCGAGAUAGAGCUGUAUGAAGCUGUUCAGGCCUGGCUACGCCAUGAUAGAAGACGCUGGAGACAUACGGACACCAUCAUUCAGAACAUCAGGUUUUGUUUGAUGACACCAUCCAGUGUUUUUGAGAAGGUAAAAACAUCAGAGUUUUAUCGCUACUCCCGGCAGCUGCGACAUGAGGUUGACCAAGCCAUGAAUUACUUUCAUAGCGUUCACCAACAGCCUUUGAUGGAAAUGAAAUCGAACAAAAUUCGUUCUGCCAAACCCCAGACUGCAGUAUUUAGAGGAAUGAUAGGACACAGUAUGGUAAACAGUAAAAUUCUUCUCUUGCACAAACCAAGGGUCUGGUGGGAACUAGAGGGUCCUCAAGUACCUUUACGACCAGACUGCCUUGCCAUUGUAAAUAACUUCGUGUUCUUAUUAGGUGGGGAAGAACUGGGGCCAGACGGGGAGUUCCAUGCUUCAUCCAAAGUGUUUAGAUAUGACCCAAGACAGAACACUUGGUUACGAAUGGCAGACAUGUCUGUGCCUCGUUCUGAGUUUGCUGUUGGCGUGAUUGGCAGGUAUGUUUAUGCGGUGGCUGGGAGAACCAGGGAUGAAACGUUUUACUCAACUGAACGGUAUGAUAUCACUGAAGAUAAAUGGGAAUUUGUGGAUCCCUACCCAGUCAAUAAAUAUGGACACGAAGGGACUGUGCUUGGUAACAAGCUCUAUAUCACUGGUGGAAUUACAUCAUCUUCAACUUCUAAGCAAGUGUGUGUGUUUGAUCCCAGUAAAGAAGGGACAGUAGAGCAGCGAACACGGAGAACUCAAGUGGUCACUAACUGUUGGGAGAACAAAUGCAAAAUGAAUUAUGCAAGAUGCUUUCACAAAAUGAUUUCUUAUAAUGGUAAGCUUUAUGUCUUUGGUGGUGUCUGUGUGAUCCUGAGAGCCUCCUUUGAAUCUCAAGGAUGUCCAUCUACAGAGGUUUAUGACCCUGAUACUGAUCAAUGGACUAUAUUGGCUUCUAUGCCAAUAGGUAGGAGUGGUCAUGGUGUAGCUGUUCUGGACAAACAGAUAAUGGUUCUUGGAGGCCUUUGUUACAAUGGUCAUUACAGUGAUUCAAUUCUCACUUUUGAUCCAGAGGAAAACAAAUGGAAAGAAGAUGAAUAUCCAAGGAUGCCGUGCAAGCUGGAUGGCUUACAGGUCUGCAGCCUGCACUUUCCUGAGUAUGUUUUGGAGCAUGUUAGACGUUGCAGCUAAAAUGGAAUGAAUAACCCAAUCAAAUACAAAAGAGCUAUACUGAAAAAAAUUGCAAACCAAUUGAAUUCCUGCAGAGACAUUUCCUUGUGUAUAAGAACAACAACUAAAUGCUCAAGAGAAACAGGAUGUACGGGGAGUGUACUUACCAAGUUUAUUAGAAAAUGUGAUAGUUGGUCUGACCUUGUGAAAGCUUUGUUGUUUUUUUUUUUUAAUGAACGUAAUUGUAAGUAUGAGAAAAAAAUGUAUUUUUGAGUCUGCUUUUUUUUUAUAGCAGUUUUUGUCCACAAUGUCUUCUCUUUUAUUUUAAUGGCCAUGAUACCACUACGCUUUUGAAAAAGUUGAGUUUGACAAAAUAUUUGUGAAAGGAAGUGAAGAAAGAUGUUAUUUUCAUUUUUUAUUGAGCAUCAAAAUACAGCUCGUCACCAGUACUUGGGUACAACCAGGUAUAAAGUAACAAAACCAGACCAUUUCUGUGUUUUAUGUUGUCUUUUUAGAUGUUUUUCCCAUUAACUGCAAAGUUCUCUCAAAUCUACUAGGCAUUUUUGUUUUCCCUUAUUUACUUUGGAGAAUAAUUUUAUUCCUUUUGCAUGACCCUUUUCCUGGUUUUGUAUAGUUGUACCAGUAAGUCUGCCAAAAUGCAAAUUACACAUUUUCUACUAAAUUGAAAACAAAGCAUUUUUAUAUUCAAAACACUAUUUCUAUGCUGCCUUCUAUUGUCUGUGUUGUGUUAGUUGGUGAGUAAAAAAAUGUAUUCACACAUGUGCAUACACUGUAAAAACUGUAUAUAAAUGCAUCUUUUUAUGUGCAGUUACAAUAUUUUAACUAGUGCACAGAUUCAGCCAUAUCUGUUGAAUUAAAGUGUUCUUUCAUGACCUAAAUAAUUCAAAGUUCUUAAGUGAAACUG